AGAGGACUCCAACUUUCUCCCUACAAUCUUGCAGUCAUGGAAAACAUAUCAAAUCCUUUAAAUUCACUGAAAUUGAACACGAGGCUGGGGAAUGAAAAUGCCAACUUCCCAAAUCCAGAAGCCACUUUCUCUGAAGCAGUGAUGGACACUAAUGAAGAGGUUCAAAUGCUGCAUUGUCAUGCACAGUCUGUCGUCUCAACUUCGACAUUAGAUCCUGCAGGGAUGAUUACAAAAUUGACUCUCCCAGACUUUGACACCAUGACAGCACCUUUAAUGGAAGCAUCAGGCUCUCCAACACUAAUGGCAGCCUCAGACACUGAGGCACUCUCCCCAUUGCUGAUACCAAGUUCAGAUUCAGCUCUCUCACCAUUGCUAAUGCCAAAUUCAGACUCUGGCACACUGUCCCCAUUGUUAAUGCCAACGUCAGAUUCUGGGGAGUUGUCUCCACUGCUAUCUGCUGCUGAUUUUGGAUUAAUGUCCCCAGGGUUAAUGACAUUUCCAGACUUUGGUACAAUGUCCACAGCACUAAUGGCUGCACCAGAUUCUACAGAGACAUCAACGAUGGCCCUGCCAGCUUCUGCCUCUGGAGCGAUGUCCAUAGCGCUUACAGGCACCCAAUCUUCUGAUAUGGUGUCCACCCCAAUGAUGCAUUCCUCUGGUCCUGGGGACAUACCAUCACUACUAAUGCGAGAUGUAAACUCUGAAGUGACCUCCACACAGCCUGUGCCAGCACCAGAUUCCGAAGAAUUGUCACCAUUGGAAAUUACUGAUGAAGACACAGAAGCAAUUUCCCAAGUACUAAUGAAUGCCUUAGAAUCUGAAGAUCUAUCUUCACUGCUAAUGUCAGGCACAGAUUCUGAAGCAAUAGCUUCACUGAUAAUGUCAGCCCUAGCUUCUAGAGCAUCAGAAAUGGAGCAAAUGAGCACCCAAGUCUCUGGAGAAGUGGCGACCCAGUUAAUGUCAGCCCAAGAUCCCGGAGUAGUGUCUUCUUCACUUACAUCAGAUCCAGACACUGAAAUGAUGUCCACAUCAUUCCUGCCAGUCCCUGAUGUUGGAGAAAUAGCCACAUUGACAAAAGCAGUUCCAAAUGCUGAAGUCAUGUCCCCACUGCUGAUGACACCCUUAAACCCUGGUGUGAUGCCCAUGCAGCCGAUGAUAGUACCAGAUUCUGGACUAAUAACUCCACAAUUAACACAAAAUCUAGAGUUGCAGCUUGUGUCUACUCCAAUGAUGAAAGCAACAACCUCUGGGGUAAUGUCCACACUACCUGUGAGACCCUCAGACCUCAGUGCAGUGUCUACACAAAUGAGAACCUCAGCCUCUGAAAAUAUAUCUACAUUGCCAAAUAUAGUUCCAGUCUAUGGAACCCUGCCAUCCACCCAACUGGUGACUGUUACGACCUCUGAAUCACUGACCAUGGAGCAAAUGCCAACUGUAACCUCCAAAGCUAUAACCUCACAUUUACAAAAGACCAAAAGCUCCAGAGGUUCUGCGAAAACCUCAGCCAAGCGGCGAGCAUCCAAAUCUCUCAUGAAAGCACCAUCGUCUAAAACCAGGUUCACACCACGCAGGAGAACCCCCGUCUCUGGAUCAAAAUCCCUGCAGCCAACCAGAGCCUCAAUCUCUGAAAAUAUAUCCAUACCACAAUUGACAACCUCCGUCUCUGGAUCAAGGUCCACAUUUCAGGUAAGAAACCCUGUCUCUGGACUUCUAUCUGUGCCACAGUGCAGAGCCACAGCCUUUGGAGUAGUAUCUGUACCUACAAUUAGAUCCUCACCCUCUGGAACAGAGUCUAAUGCCCCGUCAAUAGCCAAAGCCACUUCAGCCAGGCCCACACUGCUAAUGAGAGGCACAAAAUCAGGAGCAGUGCCCCAAAUGAGAGAUAUGAGCUAUGGAACAAUGUCCAAAGCACCAAUGAACUCCAAAUCCCCAGAAGCCAAUUUCAAGCAGCACAUGACAACUGCAGGUUUUGGACAGCUACCCUUAGUGGUAAUGAGAGACACAGAUUCUGGAGUCACAUCCACAGUACAGUUAACAGAUACUACAUCUGUAGGCAUGUCUACACCUCUCAUGAGAAGCUCUGGUCUUGGAGCAAUGUCUGUGGCACCAGUGAGAACCAAAAUCUCUAGAAAGACUUCCAGUCAUUCAACAAGCACCAAAGACUCUGGAGAUGUGUCCACAUUGCAUAGAAGAUCCAUGACCCCUGGAAGGAAUCAUUCAAUGAAAAUGAGAUCCUCAGUCUCUGAACUCCCCAAAAUGAGAAAUCCAAGCUUUGGCGUGAUGCCCACACCACUACUAAAAACCCAAGACUACAAAGUGACAUCAUCACAUUUUAUUGGAGCCCUGUCUACUGGAGAUAAAACCUCACCAGCAGAAAGAUCCCCAUCCUCUGCAGAUAAAGCUGCACCUCCACUACUCACAGCUUUUGGAGCAAUGUUAACUCCCCAGAUGACAGCCACAUCCUCUGGAAUGAUGUCCAUGCCACAAAUGAGGUCCCAAGUCUCAGGGGAAGAAGCCACUCCACGAGUGAGAGCCAUGACUUCUGGAACAGCUAUAUCUGUACCUCCAGUAAUAACCAGAGACUCUAGAGGGGUAACUCUACCACAGAUGAGAACCUCAUCUCCUGGGGCACUGCCUGCGCCACCUAUAAUGCCCAUACAACACAAGAAUGCAGCUUCUGGAGAGAUGUGUCCAUCAACUGUGAGAGCUCCAGCCUCUGGAGUGAUGUCCUUACCACAAGUAAAAGCCCCAGUCUGUGGAAUCAUGUCUGGUCUACCCAGGAGACCUUCUGCCUCUGAAGCAUUUUCCACAGUUUCCAGGAAGAAGUCUAUUGCACAAAAGACAGCUAUGUCCUCUGAUGGGAUGCCCAAGCCUGUAAUGAGAAUUGUAGCCCCAGGAACAAUGCCCAUGUCAUUAAUGUCAACUGUGGCUUCUGGAGAUAUGUCUGUGCCAGUAGUAAAAAGCAUGGCCUCAGGAGCAAUACCUGUACUGAAGAGUAGAGUUGUCAAUUCUGCCUCUAUGUCUGUGCCAAAAACAACACAUGCAACAUCUGGAGGGAUAUCUACACCACCGUUGAGAACCUCAGCUUCUGGAAUGAUGACUGAGCCACUUCUGAAAGCCACAGCGUUUGGAGCGAAGUCCAGGCCACAGAUGAAAGCCACAGCCUCUGGAAAAACAUCUGUGCUGCGAAUAAGGACCCCAAACACGAGUAGCAUGUCCACACCACAAAUUAAAGCUACAACCUCUGGAAUGAUGUUCACUCUAGAAACCAAAGCCACAGACUCUGGAGAAACAUCUGCUUCUCACAUAAACAUUACAGCCUCUGGAUCAAAGUCCACCUCACACGCAACUACUACAACCCCCAAAGCUACAGAUCCACAAGAAGCAGAAGUGCCAUCCUUUGGCAUGCUAACCCCAGCACUCUGCUACCUUCUAGAAGAACAUGAAGCUCGAGAUUCAAGUUCUGGAGAGGACACUGAGAUCAAUGAAGAGAAACAAAUCAAAGUAUUUUUGAAUGAUUCAGAAAAAAUGGCAUUCCUCAUCUCUCUUCAUCUGGGAAAAGCAGAGAGGUGGUCUAUUUUGCAGAUGGAAUUAGAAUCCCCACUACUGGGUGAAAACAUAUCAUUUCUGAGAAGAUCACAUGCCUUAUAUGACUCUUUAGCUGAUAUAGACAUCCUCAGUGCUAUUCUUUGCCAUCCUAAGCAGGGCCAAAAGUCUGUCAGGCAAUAUGCCACUGACUUCCUGCUGCUGGCCAGACACUUGUCUUGGUCGGAUGCCAUUCUACAGACCAGGUUUCUGGAAGGACUCUCAGAAGCUGUUUCCAACAAAAUGGGCCGGAUCUUCUUGAAGGUGGCUGGCAGCCUAAAAGAACUGAUAGACAGGUCUCUCUACAUCGAGUGCCAACUGGCUGAAGAAAAUUCUCCAGUCAACUCAAGCAAGAUUCUCAAAUCCGCUUGCAAGCGGACUAAUGAAGAGGCCCUGGAUGGUGUACUUAAUUCUUAUCAACAGAAUGAUGAGCCUCAGAACACUCCUAAACGCUGUUUUAUUCUGAAAGAGCAUGGGGAUCCCCAAAAGAGUCUGUAUGACCUUCUUCAAAAGAGCAGAGGCCAUCAAUGAGCAUCCACUGACAAGUAAUGAUCUCUGGAGUCUUCAGUGCUGACUCAACUGCUAAUUUGUGUACUGGUUUCUGAACCCAUUCCAUUCAAGUGCAUCACAAACCUCAUGGCCUUCCCCCAUUAGCUUCUUCUUCAGCUACGCCCUACCCAAUAUGCCACUCGGCAGAUUUGAUCUUCUCUUUUACCCCAUAUGCCUGUGAUUAGUUCCAAAAUCAGAGUGUAGACUUCAAUAGUAAUUUGUGUAUGAGGUUCUACACUCCAAUCACCAUUAAGGCUUGUCUUAGUUCUGGGUAGAGGGAGAAUUCUAGGGGGACAAGUUAUGCCUUAUCUUAAAAUGGCCUUAGAAUGGCUUGCCAUGUGUCAUCAGGCACAGUCAAGGAAGUCUUAGUCCCAUUAUGCCUGGCAUGGGAGCCUUUAAUGAGAGUGAAAACCACUCCUAUACCAGCCUUUUCACACAAGAGCCUUGUUCUGUAUCCCCAACUCAUAUCACCUAAAUGGAUCUUUAGACCCUUAUCCUAUUUAUGGUCAUCAACUUGAACCCUUUGUUUUGACUCAGAAUAGUCAUAAUAGUUACUGUUUAUUAUGUGUUAAGUGAAAGGUACUGGGUUAAACUCCUGAAAAGUACCACCUCACUUUAUUCUUACCCAUUUAUCUUGUCCAUUGUGUUAUUGUGGUGUAUGUUUCUGAUGUAAUGAUGUAUUAUUUAUGAAAUUUGUCCCUUAAUGUCAAACCUUUAACUGUGAUCUCCAGGUGUUUAACCCCUUGGUGGUUAAUUGCCCUCACUUUGUGUGGCUUAUGUGCUUCAUGGCCAAUAGUCCUUUGGCUUAUGUGCUUAAUGGUAAAUACUCUUGAUAUGGGUCAUGGUCUUUUUUCAGGAAGAACAUGUGAGCAGUGCUUAUUUUCAUGUGAUAAGAUUUUAAGUGUCUAUAUCGUCUUUCUACAUAUCUGUACUUUCCAGAUUCUCUACAGUCAGCAUGUAUUACAUUUGUAAGUGAAAAAGUAAAUAAAGUUAUUUGUGGAAAAAUA